AUGAAUAGUUUUGAGAAGCUGUCGUACCUUAAACCAAUAACUGACCCCUUCUUGGACCCUUUACUGUUUGCCUCCGGAGCAAAUCGUUCUGUUGACGAUGGCAUCAACAUCAGCCACCACCACAUACUAAUGCACAUGGACCAGCCGAGCUCCUACGUCAGGGUCCUGUUCAAGGAUUAUAGCUCGGCCUUCAACAAAAUUCUAUCAGACCAUUUAGGAUUGAAUUCUUCUGAGCAAAGCGCCUCAUCAGAUGUGAACACUCUGGUUUGGGAUCAAAGCUCUGCUUUUGAAAACGCUCACUCUUCCCCAUCUGCUCGAAGUAAUUCACUUCUGGAUCAGCUGGAAGCACGAAUCAAGGAGCUCAAAACAUGGUUGCGAGAAACAGAGCUCCUCAUCUUCAACUCUUGCCUGAGACGGGACAGAGACAUGUCUAACCAGAUGCAAAAUUUCAAGGUGAGCCCCAGGACUGAGGUGGGCCCAGAUGCAGAGCAGCAUCGAGAGGCCCUGCAGCUGUUGUCAAUCAACCUGGAGAGGAGGUGGGAGGCAAUUGCGAUGCAGGCGUUGCAGUGGCAAAGCAGACUGAAGAAAGAGCUGGUAGAGCAGCAGGUUUUUGGAAAUUCUUCGGAUCUGGGUUUAGAGGAUCACUGCAAGAAUAGCCCAAAUGAUCCAGUUGCGCAGACACCAGAGGAGUCCUGGGAAUGGGAUGAAACAGAUAUGACAAUCACAGAAGCAGAGAAACAAGAAGUUGUAGAAGCUGAUCUUAUGCACAACUUUGCUACAAAACUAAAGCCAGCUGCAGAGAGCGAUCUGUUUAUGAGAAAUCAAGGUCCGACUAGUGUGAGGAAGGAAUCUUCUUCAGAGGUUCAGCACAUCGUAAAUUCCCAAACCAUUCCCCAAAACAAUAAUAACAUUUAUCCAGUUUACAGCAUCCAUAAUGUUGAAUUGUACAAGCAGCCACAGCUCCCUCUUUCUUCCCCAUUAAUGCCUAUAAGGAAAGCAGGAAAAACAAAACAGCAACUUCUUAAGAGCUUCAGUAAGGAUUCCUCAUUCUCUUCCAUUGAAUCCCUCCCUGAUCUCUUAGGAGGGUUGAUGUCAAAGGGCCAAACAGAAGAGAGGAUUAUCAGCAACCAAUAUGACAGUGAGGGUGGCAGAGGCAGUGGAAAAUCUGAAAACAGCCGACGUUCAGAUUGUGAGAGUGGGAUAGUGAGUGACACAGGAGAUACAGAAAUAAUUAUAACAAAUGGAAUCCAACAUGAAAAAGAUGAUCAGAGUGAAGAAGAGGAGAAUGAUGGCAAACAGAAAAAGUUUGAAUUAUUAGUUGGGUAUCUGCAAAAGAAUCCUGUGACCAAGUAUAAUCAAAGAAGCAAGACAGAACUGAAUAAGAAGGAGAAAGGAUGGAAGAGAAACGAGUUAAGAAGUGAAACAAGAAGAAAGGGAGAAGAAGAAAAGAGGAAGAAGUACAGGAAAGGCGGAGGUGAGGCCGUUGAAAUCUUUAUAAAUGGACAUGGAAUCCUUACUCCAGCUGAUUCUGACUCCGACUUUGAUGUGGAAGGAACCGCGACUAGGUCUUCCACAUCCUUCAUGCGCCACGGUGAUAUCAGAGACUUACACUCCAACCAAAAUAAUUGUUUGGAGAUCCCUUUUGCUCUCCAACAUCAGGCAUCAAGUUUGAUUACAUCUGAUACUUCAUCUCUAGAGUCCCUUCUGGAUAUCAGUGUGGACCUGUUUUCCUCCAAAGAUAUGCUGCAACCUGCAGGUUCUUUGGAAAACGUCUUGAUUCCAUGCCACCAAAAUGAUGAAGAGAUGGGAGACAGCAUUGUCAGUCUCACUGAACUGAAUCUGAAACAAAAACAAGGAAAUAAUGGCAGUGAACAAAUGAAAGAAAAAAACACUGACAUUGAACAAGAAGAGCCAUCCACUGGAGAACUGAGCCGAAGAACUCUUGAUCUACUGAAACGUCUGGAGAACAUCCAGAGUCCUCUCGAAACAAAGAUGACCCGCAGUGUUUCUGAUAUGACACUUCUAAACAUCUCCACACAGAAGACUCAACUCCCAGUGUCCCCAUCUCUUGGUGGACGAGAGAGCCCACUCUCUGGAACUGCAUGCUUUUCACGGAAAGAGCUACCAUCAGUAAUCAAUGAAAGUUCAGUUACAUCAUCAUUAACCGAAAUGAGUAGCACAGAGGACUCAUCUCUAGGGUCUGAAGAUUUCACCGUGCUUAGAAACCACCAUCAACUUGUCUUAGAUUCACCCAUACCAGCUAAUUGCGACUCAAUCUCUUAUGGAAAACAUUUUCACAAUAACAGCCAAAGAGGGCAAGGUAUAGAGGAAGCAGAUGCAGCAAGUUUGAGUAUGGUGGUCAAUGUCUCUUGUACAUCAGCAUGCACAGAUGAAGAUGAGGACAACAGUGACCUCCUUUCCUCCUCCACACUGACACUUACAGAAGAGGAACUUGGUCUUCAGGACAAAGAAAAGGAAGAGGAGAGUUUGAGUGGUGCAUCUACUGGUGUUGAGGAUGAUGACGCUGAGGAAAUGGAAGGUUCUUAUGAGUUUGGGGUUGAGUGUAUGAAAACGGGGCUACAGAGUUGGAUCAGAUAUCCUAACAGUUCCUCUUCCUCAAUCUCUAAAACAGAGAGAGAUCUCGGGGAUGAGUUCAAAUGUGGGAGCAGUCUGCCCUCCUUCACACCACCCUUCCUGCAUAAAAAGCCAUUCAGAUUCCUAAAUUCCUCGGGUCCUAAGUUCAUAGAAAUCAACAAAAAAGGGCAAAAAAAUGACAAAAACCAAAGGAAAAGAGAAAAGGAAGAGGACAGAAGAAAUACAACAAGAAGCUACAUAAGCCAGUUUGUAGAUGAUGUGGAAAAUGGAAAUAUAGACCAGAGCUAUUUCAAAAGGAAGGAUGAAGAUGAUGAGUUCCUUCAAGAAGAGUCAACCGUGUUUGUUAUGAAAGAAGAGUCUCCAAGGGAGUUCGAGAUUCAAGAUGUAAAGAAUUUGAAAGUAAAAACACAUUCAAAUCCUACACAUCAUCUUUGUUCAUCACCAUCUUCUGAGGACCUUCCUUUCCCAUUUAAAUGUGCUUCCUCUUUGGUGGGACAGCUGAGGGGAGAGUUACCAUGUCACAGCACCACCAUCCCUUCGCCCCCUUCCCUCUCCCCAGUUAAGGACUGUAGAUCAUGCAAUGGAUUGCAUAACAACAAACCAGUAGUUGGAGGAAGGAAAGCUAUCACAAUUCAAGAAAAGUUCAAAUUCUCAUCAUUUGCUACAGAGGAGACUAGGAAAGAAAUCAGAGCAAAUGAUUUGGCUCCUCCCAAAAGAUGGAACAAAUCUCACUCCUUGUGCUGCAGACAUCCACCCUCCUCCCUCUUUUCUAGUAAUGUAGCUGCUAGCAAGAAAGAGGAUGUGCAUGACUUUGCAAUGGAGAUUAUUGACAUGGCCCAAAUGGCAAUGAAAAGCAAAGACAACCAAGCUGAAGAACCAAAUCAGAGUGAGACCAGUACGUCUGUACCCAACCAAGUUCCUACAUCACUAGGACAGAUAAGAGACAAGGUAGAGUAUUAA